GUUCGAGUGAGACAGAAGGAGACGUGCAAUGUUUUAUCAUAAAUAAUUAUGGUCGUUUGUCGUUAUUACAAAAAAGUUUCACUCAAAGACGCUUACUUGAUUUGCACACGAAAGACUUUGAGAUGAAAGCAAAUGGCACGCGUAGGACUACUGAAGUGUCAGAUGAUGUGCUUGCAUUUGAAUAAGAAUGUGUCAGCAUCACUAGGCAUGGGACUUUAGGGAUUGGCCUGUGGUAAACAAUGGGCGCGGCUUGUGACGUCAGUGUCCGAAAGCACAUAAAUACCCGUUGGCUACCUCAGACAUGCAUCUCACGAUUGUCUGCACACUGCAAAAAGAGAUCUGUCUCAGCAUACUUGACUCGAAACAACACGUGGAUUUUAUUGGAUUGUAUCAUUUCUGAGAAACAUUAUUCUUUGGAGUACAUGCGGAAUGAAAAUCCUCGGAGAGACUGAACACAUCAAAAUGGACAGAAAGCUGUUAAAGCCACAGGUAGAAAGACGAAGGAGAGAGAGAAUGAAUCGGAGUCUGGAGAACCUGAGAGCUUUGCUCCUGCAAGGACCUGAGCACACUAACCCCAAUCAAAGAAGGAAAGAGAAGGCAGAGAUCCUGGAAUACACCGUCCUCUUUUUGCAAAACUCAGUUGCUAAGAAUGCGAAGGAUGAAGAAGAAAAAGAAAAGUGUAAGUUUAUGGACGGCUUCUCUACGUGUCUUGAAAAAGCUGCUGGUUUUCUGUCCGAUGAAGGUGAGGCUCGUGGGUUCCAGGGUUCGGUCACAGCCACACUGUGCCAACGGCUGAAGCAGCCCUGUGUACCGGCCCACAUUAGACUGCCUGUCAAACUCCAGACCUCCUCCAGAAUGAAGGUUCCAGAGUCACAUGCACAGCAGCAUCAUCGGCUGCAGACACCCGUCUGCAAACAAGGACUCUCUGCUGCUUUCAGGAACAUUGUGUUGCACCACAACAGGUUUCCUCACAGAAGCACAGAGCCCAAUAUGCUUCAGUGUCAUGAAAACACACAUUCAGCAGCCCGGCCGACAUCUCAACUCCAACCCCCUGUCAUUCAACCGAUGUGGAGACCUUGGCCUUGAAAGUCUUUCAAAGAAAUAUAUAGAGACAUGGACUCAAAAUACUGGGGCUUGUGUAAUAAUCUCAUCCGUAAUAUAGGAUGUGGACAGACAUGUUUAUUUCUAAAAUGAGUUUAUGAUGUGACAUCAUGUUGAAAAUGUAAAAUGUGUACAUAUGUAUGAUAAGUGAUGGCAAUAUAUUUUUACACAGAUGUUUUUUUUUUUUGCAUGAUCUGUAUACUGGGUGUAUGAUCUGUAAUGCAUAACAGAUGUAUUUA